AAAAAAAAAAAGCCGUUCCUCGACCAAAAUCGCACAAACAGCUUUCCGCUUUCCUAAAGCCAAACGAUCGCCCAAUCAAUCAUCUCGUCUCCUCGAACCUAGUCACUCUCCUAGUCACCUCCCGACCCCCAACCUCCCGUCGGGCCAAUCAAUCUUUCCAAUCCAAGGGUCUAACUUGGAAAUACCUACUGUACCAAAAAGCCUAUUUGUUACAUCACCACGCGCACCAAAGCUUCAAUCUGGGGCUCUGUGUAAACAACACAAACAAGCCCUCUAAUUUUUUUUCUCCGCCGUCGGGAGCCUAUCUACGCACGGUGAUACUUACGAACGUUCUCGGCAAGCGAAAAAGGACCAAUCGAUAAAAUUCACUACUGCCUUUACGGUCGUGCGCGUGCGUGCAAUACCAUCGCGCAAGACUCUCGUUUGCCCUGUCAGCUCCGGUCAAGUCUUGUGUUUAUUUCGCGCGCCGUUUGAAAUACUCGACGUAUUUCUACCUGCGCACUCGAGGUUGUAAGACCAAUUGCGCAAUUUCCUCAAACAAAAUACCAUGGAUCAGUCUUCGUCAAAUCACCCUCAGUCGUCGAGGGGAGGCGGUGGAGGGGCCGGUGUAUAUGAUAUAGCCCAUGGAGGUCACUAUGGUGCCAGUGCAGCACUCGCAAAUUCUGGCUUCGCACCCGCCGAGCUCUACACGGGACCUUGGGCCAAUGUUCACCAGGGUCUACACGGCCAAUACAAGGAUAUUCUCACAACCUACUGGCAAAAUACCAUCAACCACCUCGAGUCAGACCAACAUGACUACAAGCUCCAUCAAUUACCCCUCGCUCGAAUUAAGAAGGUCAUGAAGGCUGAUCCCGAGGUCAAGAUGAUCUCUGCCGAAGCCCCCAUCCUAUUCGCGAAGGGGUGCGAUAUAUUCAUCACCGAGCUAACGAUGCGGGCGUGGAUUCAUGCCGAAGAAAAUAAGAGACGAACAUUGCAGCGAUCCGAUAUCGCCUCUGCUCUCGCUAAGAGCGACAUGUUCGACUUCUUAAUCGACAUCGUUCCGCGCGAAGAGGCGAGUCACGCUAAGCGCGCUAACCCCGCCCAAGCGCAGCAGUCUCAAGGUGGUGUGCCGCCCGCAGCAGCUGGUAAUCAAAUGCCGGGCUCGCACGGGAUGCCUGGAGCCGCCAACCACAUGGCACCAGGCGACUACGGCAUGGGCAGCCAUGCCAUGGGCUCUGAUCAAGAAUACCGCGGCCCACCCAUGUACAACCAAGUCCAAGCCGGCCCCGGCGGUCCCUAUAGCCAACAACCACCCCAAGCCAUGUACGGGGACAUGGAGGGUAUGUACGGCUACCCAGGCAUGCCCCAGCAGCCAUAGGAGGAUAGCAGGGCACUCCAAGUGAUGUAUAAUCAGGUGACGAUUAACCAAGUUUACAAUGAGCCCUAGGAUGGUGAAUUUCGAAACGCGGGAUCUCGAGAAAUAUAUCCAAAUUAUUACUACUUAGGAGAAAGAGAAGGGAAUAGGACCA